UUUGUUAGCUCUCAUCUCAUCUAUUUCCUUUCUCUCAACAGAUUUUUUGACCCGAAACUUGGAUCCAACUCAUUGCCUUGAGCCCGACCCUUUUUCUUUGAUAUAGGGCUCUCAUUUUGGAUCUUUUACUUCUUUUUCCCUCGCCGGUAUUUAGGGGGACUGGAACUUGAGCUCCGACUAAGAGAUCCGAUUUACUUCUGUCUUGGCUUAAGAUCCAGGCCACGAACAGAAGGAUCGGAUUCGGAUUCUCACUUUAUUUUUCUGUAUUCAAUUUUUACACAAGAAAACUGAAUUGUUGGAGAGAAAAUGGCGUCAAGUGAGGGGUUUCUUACGGAUGAACAAAGGGAAAUGCUGAAAAUAGCGAGUCAAAAUGUGGAGACUGCUUUACCAUCCCCAAGAUUGUUGUCAUUGUCCCCGAAAUCCCCCACUUUUCUUUCUGAUCAUCAAUUAAAGGUUCCUGCUUGUGGGAAGGUGCCAACUGGUGGUAUUGCAGUGAGGCAUGUCCGUCGGUCACACUCUGGGAAGUUCGUUCGUGUAAAGAAGGAUGGUGCUGGUGGUAAGGGCACAUGGGGGAAACUGCUUGAUACUGAUGGGGAAUCACAUAUUGAUCGAAAUGAUCCUAACUAUGACAGUGGAGAGGAACCAUAUCAACUUGUUGCGUCAACUGUUUCUGAUCCCCUAGAUGAGUACAAAAAAGCUAUUGUUUCAAUUAUAGAAGAAUAUUUUAGCACUAGUGAUGUGGAAUUGGCAGCUUCUGACCUCAAUGAUCUUGGCUCAAGCGAAUAUCAUCCUUAUUUUAUUAAGAGACUCGUGUCCAUGGCUAUGGACAGACAUGAUAAAGAGAAGGAAAUGGCCUCGGUUCUGCUUUCUGCACUAUAUGCUGAUGUCAUCAGCCCACCCCAGAUUAGGGAUGGGUUUGUCAUGCUUCUCGAGUCUGCUGAUGACCUGGCUGUGGACGUACUGGAUGCAGUCGAUAUCCUUGCUCUGUUCCUUGCUCGUGCUGUGGUUGAUGAGAUACUACCUCCGGCUUUUCUCACAAGGGCAAAGAAGACACUUCCUGAAUCUUCCAAGGGAUAUCAGGUUCUCCAAACUGCUGAGAAGAGCCAUCUCUCAGCUCCUCACCAUGCAGAACUUCUGGAGAGGAGGUGGGGUGGUAGCACUCAUGUCACAGUUGAGGAAAUGAAGAAAAAGAUUGCUAAUCUUUUAAGGGAGUAUGUGGAGAGUGGUGAUUCAUUUGAGGCCUGUAGCUGUAUAAGGGAAUUAGGUGUUUCAUUUUUUCAUCACGAGGUUGUUAAGAGGGCUUUGGUUCUUGCCAUGGAAAUCCAAACAGCUGAACCACUUAUGCUGAAACUCUUAAAGGAAGCAGCUGAGGAAGGGUUGAUAAGCUCGAGUCAAAUGGUGAAGGGGUUUGCUCGGUUAGCAGAGAGUCUUGACGAUCUCGCCCUUGACAUUCCGUCUGUGAAAACCUUGUUUCAAUCGAUUGUCCCCAAGGCUAUCUCUGAAGGAUGGCUUGAUGCAUCAUUCACAAACUCCUCCUAUGAAGAUGGAGAAGCUCAAAAUGAAGACAAAAAAUUAAGGCAGUACAGGAAGGAGAUUGUAACUAUAAUUCAUGAGUAUUUUCUCUCAGAUGAUAUUCCUGAACUCAUCCGGAGUCUUGAAGAUCUAGGGUUGCCUGAAUUCAAUCCAGUUUUCCUAAAAAAGCUUGUUACUCUUGCCUUGGACAGGAAAAACAGGGAGAAAGAAAUGGCAUCUGUUUCGCUCUCUGCUCUUCACAUUGAGAUCUUUUCAACCGAAGAUAUAAUGAAUGGCUUUGUCAUGCUUCUGGAGUCUGCAGAAGACACGGCCUUGGAUAUUCUAGAUGCUUCCAAUGAGCUUGCUUUUUUCUUGGCGAGGGCUGUCAUUGAUGAUGUGUUGGUUCCAUUGAAUCUUGAAGAGAUUGCCAGCAAGUUGCCAUCAAAUUGCAGUGGAAGUGAGACUGUCCGGAUGGCUCGAUCACUGAUAACUGCACGCCAUGCUGCUGAGAGGAUCCUCAGAUGCUGGGGAGGUGGAACUGGCUGGGCCGUGGAGGAUGCAAAGGACAAGAUAGUGAAGCUCCUGGAGGAGUAUGAAAGUGGGGGUGUCGUGGCUGAAGCUUGCCAGUGUAUCCGGGACCUCGGAAUGCUAUUCUUCAACCAUGAGGUGGUGAAGAAAGCACUGGUGAUGGCCAUGGAGAAGAAAAAUGAUAGGAUGCUGGAUCUGCUGCAGGUAUGUUUCAAUGAAGGGUUGAUCACCAUCAAUCAAAUGACCAAAGGCUUCACCAGGGUCAGGGAUGGGCUUGAUGACCUUGCUCUUGACAUUCCAAAUGCAAAAGAUAAAUUCAGUUUCUAUAUGGAGUAUGCCCAGAAGAGGGGGUGGCUUCUGCCAUCCUUUGGGUCAUCUGCAGUGGAAGCCCUGCCCACUGCUGCAGCCUCUUGAACCAGGGGUGGAUGGCUAUGAGAUGUCUGGAUCCCUUCCGAUGUUUUCUUAUUUUUGUGGUCAUCUGAUGGAGAUUGUUAUGAUCCCAGCUCAGGUAUUCAUCGUAUAUAGUCAAUUCUUUCUUCUGUAUUGAAAUGGCUAUAGCCCAUGACGCAACGAGUAGCAUGUCCGUUAGGGAUGAUGCGACGCCUGCUGUUUCUUGAAUUGGACUUAUACAGUUAGCCGAUUUAAAUUAGAAUAGGGGCAAUUGGGCUUGUCUUGGACUCUGGAGUUUAAGACUUUGGAGAAAAUUGGGUUUUAGGGUUAGCCAAUUUGAAGAGAAUAGGUUUCCGUUUCUCACGUCGCUUUAACUUUCUUUUUUUUUUUUGUUGAAUUUUAUUUAACAUUAAUACUU